GUCUAAAGGACACUAAACCCAAUGCAGAAUCCAAUUUUCUCUGUCUAAUCAAUCUUCAUCUUCUUCGUCAUUAUUGUUUCCUUUUCACAACUUCAUCAUCACCAAUUCAUCAUAAUCAGAUCCUCCUUCUUUCUAAUAAUUAACCAGCAUUCGUGUCUGUGGGAUCUGCUUUCAUCAUCAUCAGAUCUCCAUCUCAUCAUCUUCUCCUCCUUCAAAUUACAAUCAACCAAUGGGAUCAUUCAAAGGCCAUGUAUUACCAGGAACUUUAUUCCUAUUAGUAGGGAUGUGGCAUAUAUGGAGUGCAAUAAUCAGAUACGUAUCCAAUCCAAAAUCAUUUAGGGUUAAACCUUGGAAUCCAAUUCCUGGUAGUGAUGGUUCUAAAUUGAGAAAUCUAGAACUCUAUGUCAUAGCAAUUGGAUCUUUCAUUGAUUUGUGUGUUGAGCUUUUAUACGCUCCUCAUCUGAAAUUCUUUGUCAAUGGAGUCUUGAAUCCGUCUCAUAUGAAUAAUUUUGAGCAUUCUGGUAUGCUCAUCAUGUUCUUCAUCUUUGCUCUCAUCGCUUUGUUAUCUCAGGAAACCAGUUUUUUACCUCUACCGGAUGAAGCAUUGUGUUUGAUUGCUGCAACAGCAUUUAGUACAGAGUAUUUCUUAUUCUAUUUCCAUUCAACUAAUCAUAAAGGUCUCGAAGGUUACUACCAUCUCUUGUUAGUCAUCCUCAUUGGUCUCUGUAUAAUCUCAACAGUUGCUGGUGCUUUAAUCCCAACUAGUUUCGCUCUUGAUUUAUCCUCUGGAAUUUCUAUUACUCUUCAAGGGCUUUGGUUUUACCAGACGGCUUUUACUCUUUACGGACCUAUGAUGCCAGAGGGUUGUUUGCUCAAGGGAGACAAUAUAGUGUGCAAGUCUCUCAACAAUCAAGUUCGAGGAGAACUGCUCGCGAAUUUUCAGCUUUUCAGCUUAGUUUUUGGUGUUUUUGUUGGUGUUGUUGGUUUUUAUGGUUUUGCUGCUUCAAGAUAUGGGCAUUCAGAUCUUAGAAGAUUGGUCGGAGUUGUUGAUGAUGGGUUUGACAGAGAUUAGAAGAUUGCUCGAUAACUAUCAAGAACUUUCUUCAUACAGAAUUCCCAAUUCCGUGCUCCCGCUAUACAAUACUCAACAUCAUCAACACUGUGACAGUAAGAAGUUCCAAUUGAACAAAAAGGAUGCAACUGACUGCGACACAACCUUAUUCAGAGGAAGUUUCUCAAUUUCUCUUAUUGCAAUACUACAUCUGACACCAACUCCCAGUCCAAGGGGUACUGAACAACCAGAAAAGAAACCUCUGAAGUACAACAAUGUAAGUAGCAGGGAAGGGGAUGUAUAUGUUAAUAGCAGUUUUCUGCAAGCCUUCUGUUCAUUUAUCAAAAAUUGUAGGGAUUUCAAGCAAGCUUCUUUAGACGGGAGAACCUUUAUAUGACCUUCUUUUUUUCUUUCCUUCAAGAUAUGGGCAUACAUAAUCACCACUACCAGCUGCUUGAAGAAGUUCACAGUAAGUAAAUUUUUUUUUGACAAUGAACAUUAUUUUAUCUUACCACAACUUGUUCCCCCUGCGUGCCCUUCUUUAUUUUCAUGCCGAUGUUGUGAUGACCGGGUACGGUGUUGGUUUCAUAUUUUUUCAAGGGUAGCUCUAUCAGUACUAGGUGCUGAUUCUUGAAUCAUCAUUGUUAGCCCAAAAAAUAAUUUGUCGCGGUUGGCUUGUAAUCUAAUUGCUAGUUGUGAUAUUGUUUCUGGCGGAAAAGUAUUUGAUUGAAUGGAGAGUGCAUAUCUGAUUUCUUGAAAUUCUUAAAUUCAUGGGUAUGUAUGAUGCGGAGGAAA